AUGACAGUUCUAGAUUCUGGAAACUGGGGAUUGACACCCGCUAUGGAAGCGGGCUUGUUCCAGAAACCACAAGACCGUAUCUUUAUAAUAGAGCUGGAAAAUUCCAUAGUGUCAUUCAUAAACUCAAACACGGAGUCGUUUCAGUUAAGGCCCAUGAACUCAUAUUAUAGGCUUCUGUCGCAUCAAAUAGCUGAAUACCACAACUUGAACCAUGUUUUGGCAAGAACUCAGGAUAGUUGUGUGAUUCUUUUCAAAGGUGAGAAUUUCCAAAAGAUUGAAGGAAAACCACUCUUACAAGAGUUGCAGCUGAGCAAAAAACCGGAAGAAUCAGUUUCCUCAAGUGAGAGUAUUGACAAAUCCAACAAUAACAGAAUAUUUCGAAUUUUGAAACGGAAAGAGGUAAAUAACGACCGUGAUUCUAAAACCGAUGGUAAUGUAUCAAAUAAUAAGUUGACAGCCGAUUUCGAUAAGGAUCAAAAAGUCGAAACUGAUGACAAAUCAAGUACUGAUUUGGAACAAGAAAGGAUUGAAAAAGAAAGACUUUAUGAACAACGUAAACAAGAAAUUUUUGAUAAGCUUAACAAGAAUGAAAACGAUGGAAAGUCAACCAACAGUAGCGGUAGUAAUGAUAGCGACAAUGAAUGGGGUGACUGGUUGAAUGGAGAUGACUCCAAUACACUAACUAGCAACGGUUCAGUCAGUUCUUCAUCACCAUUUAAUUCAUCCACAACGACGACACAACUAAAUAAACCUCAUCAACAAUUUUACGACUGUCGAAGAGGAAGAGGAGGAAGAAGAAGAGGCGCAGGCAAUUACAAGGAUGCGUAUCGAGUUCAAAAUCGCCGGAACAAAGAAAACGGUGGUUACCAAUCGGGGUACCCUACGCCCUACGUUGUGUAUCCUCCUCCGCAAAUGGGCAGCAAUAGUAUGCCAACCUACCCACUAAUGUAUAAUCCAGCUGGUCCUGCUCCCGGUCCUGCUCCUACACCCAUGGUAAUGGGUGGUAACACAGUCUUUAUGAACCCUUACAUGUACAAUAUGAAUUCGCAAGGGUCCUGUUCAUUUGGCGCCCCGGUGCCUAUGUACCCGCCAUACCAGUAUCAAUAUCAAUAUCCAUAUAACACUCAAUAUCACAACGGGCCAUAUAGCAAUACACCAAACUAUAAUUCUAACAGUUACACAAGGACCUCAGCAAACAAGUACAACCAGCCUCAAAGAAAAAAUUCAUCUUCUGGCGUGAUUCAGAAACAUAAUGAUGGUAAUAAUAACAACCAGGAAAUUCGCAGGGCUAUUGCUAAGGGUUCGCCGUCAACUAAAGACACUAAUUCGGUAGAGAUGAAAUUUGAUAAACUAAACAUCUAG